AUGGAUCCAGUAAAAUCUGCCCUGAACCUGUUCCGGAGAUUGCCUCCAGAAGAUGUAGAGUCUACUUUCCGCUCUAUCACACUUCUGCGAGAAGAUCUAACCGAUGAGCUUUUACAGCACAUCGACUUUCCUCUGAAAGUCGGAUAUGAUAAUGAAGCAGAUAAGUCGUAUAUUUUAAGUGACUUCAACUGCAACGGUAAUUCUUACCGAUCGCCUUGGACAAAUAAGUAUUACCCCGCCUCGCCAGAUGGCUUUUUCCCCAGCAGUCGUAUUCGGUCAUUAGAGGAGACAGCCAACUUUCUUUUUGAAAAAUACACUGAAAUGUACUAUGAUGAAGCUGUAAGUUCUGUUUAUCUAUGGGAAAGUGACAGCCAUAUCUGCGGCUGUUUUUUCGUGAUGAAAGGAAGGAGAUAUAAUCCUCAACAGGAAGCAUGUGGUUCCUGGCAUUCUCUUCAUCUCAUUGAAAUCAUCCCAGACGCGUCACAGAAGAAAGCGGAGUAUCGUCUGACUACUUCCAUUCAGUUGUACUUAACCAUCGAGAAUAAGUCGAUUGGAGUGGCGAAGCAGAAUGGAACGCUGACUCGACAGGCCUCCUCUGUCAUGCCUUUUUCCACGGAUAGUGAUCACAUAUCGAAUAUUGGUCAGAUGAUCGAAGAGAUGGAAAACUUUGUGCGAAGCAAUUUGGAUAUUCUGUACCUGAGUAAGAAUCAAGAAACCAUCGAUUCUAUCCGAAUUCUCCAUCCUUCAGACUUACCCAAACGAAGCAUGCUUGCCGAACUCUCUGGAAAACUAAAGCCAAGAGUUGAAUGAAAUCCUGUAUG